AUGAGUUACUGUGACAGGCAGUCACCGGGAGCCAGACCACACCGGCAGCCUGGUCUGAGGGUAAUCUGGAUAUGUUAACUGCUGGCUGGACAGCUCAUAACUUACUAUAUUCUGCCACUUCCUGGGGGUUUAUUAUUAAUCAGUAUCAGUAUUCCCCUUCAAUCCCCCAUCAGCUGGCCGGACAGUGUGCUCCUUCUCACAGUGUGUACUGAAUGUAUGAUAUGGUAUCUGUCCUAUACACACAUUAACGGGGAUUAAAUAAAUUUAAUAGAAAAUCAUCACCAUUUAAUGCAAUCUAAAGUGAAUUGGAAUCUAAAUAGCACAAAUAAAUCAUUAGAUAAAGGGAUAAUAAAUAUAUAUCCUAGUAAGCAAAAGUAAGCUUGGCAAAUUUAGUGUCAUUCUUGUCAUUCACUCUUCAGUUUGCUAUUUACUAAGGACCAAAUGCAGUGCAGGUUAACAAAAUUCAAUAAAAAAAAAUAAAAACAUUCUCAUAUUUACUAGUUGCAAAUCCUGUUGAAAUAUACAGGGUUAUUCACUAAAUAAAAAAGUCAUUUUUUUGGUUUUGGUUUUCUGCCAAGGGCAUCCUGAAUUUUCAGUUUCGGACCAGAAUUUUCAUUUCGGUGCAUCCCUAGACAAAAUGGUCAAUUUUCAAUUAAACUUAAAGAGGUUUAUUCACUAAACAUGGAAUUGUAGUGAAUUAACCCCUUAAGGACUCAACUUCUGAAAUAAAAGGGAAUCAUGACAUAUCACACAUGUCAUGUGUCCUUAAUGGGUUAAAGGGACACUCCAGGCACCCAGACCACUUCUGCCCAUUGGAGUGGUCUGGGUGCCAAUUCCCACUACCCUUAACCUUGCAACUGUAAAUAUUGCAGUUUUCAUAAACUGCAAUAUUUACCUUGCAGGGUUAACUCCUCCUCUAGUGGCUGUCUACUAGAUAGCCACUAGAGGGCACUUCCGGGUUUAUAGCACAGAUUCUCUGUGCUAUAGCGUCGCUGGACAUCCUCACGCUAUGUGAGGACCUCCAGCAUUGCUGAAAUCCCCAUGGGAAAGCAUUGAAAGCACUAGGUGUCCCCCAUCGCCGGCCACACAUGCGUAAUUGGUCUCCCCCACCAGAUGAUGUCGGCGGGGGGAGGAGUGUGGGUGGGCCCUGAACCAGCGCCAGGGGACAUCGGCGCUGGAUACAGGUAAGUCACUGAAGGGGUUUUAACCCCUUCAGCAACCUGGGAUAGGGGUGGGAGGGAGAGGGGACCUGCAGUGCCAGGAAAACGGUUUGUUUUCCUAGCACUCGAGAGUCCCUUUAAAGAUACAAAAUUGCUAAAUUUAGGCAAAAGUGCAAAUUUGGAAGAGUUCUCCAACCCAACUGAGGUCAGCCUGUAUGUUGGGAUAUGGUUAUUAAUUAUACUCCAGAUUUUAAAGUUGAUAAUAUUUGUAUUUUAACAGAGCUGGAAAAAAUUGCCAAAUGAGUAUCCCUCUGGCAAAGAAAAGGAUAAUGUUAGGUAUUGAUCAGUUAUGAAAAUCCAGUUAUUCAGACAGCAGAGAAGCUGGUGAUUAUGGGUAUCUUAACGGUACAUGAACCUCUUGCUUCCUCUCUCCAGAUACGCUACAUCACAGAGACCCAGGGUUUACCUGAUGAAAACAUGCUCAACAGGGCAACAAAGACCCAUCUUUUCUUUAGAAGACACAGAUAUUACCAGCAUUCUUUAUGGAGAUUGAAGGUGACACCUAAACCUUAUCAUCCUUAACCUUAUUUAUAUAAAAUAAAAUUCAAGACAAGGGAAUAAUUAAAUCCUAUAAUAUGUCCCAGCUCAUGAUCUACCAUGAAGCAGUUAAAGCAAUAUUCAUAUUUAAUUUAUUUUAUUAACUACAACAUGGUAAUAAAAAAAUAAAAAAACUGUGUGACUCUGAGGAAAGCUACUGGGUAAGUAAAUGGCAGGACAUGUUUAAUGGUUCCGUACCUACAUUAUCAGGAAUCUCAUUGGGACACUGGAGAAUGCCACAGUGAAUGAGUUUCUCCUUCCAGAAACUAAUCGAGAAUCCUUUUUGUCCUCUUCUCUAGAUUAAAGAUCGAUACGAAUGGGAGACUGGUGUUAAACCGAUAGAAAGAAGGACAAAUAUCUUCAGUUGUCUUGAUGACUUGGCAAAGGUACUGUAUUCCUGGGGCUCUCCUACUAACCUAAAAUAGAAUGUUACACUUCAUCUUUCCUUCACCCAUGUAAUAUUCUCUACAAUAUUUUGGAUACUUUAAAACUGCUUGGUUGGUCAAGCACAGACAAGACAGUUGAGAAAUCUCUUUGUGCUUAAUGUAAGUUGUGAGGAGCAACAAGAGUGAUGGCAAAAAGUGUAUGUGCAUGGUUUAUACGGGGAGUCCAAAAACCAUUGUGCACCUUGAGAUAAACACAUUUUAAAACUUUAAUCAUCUCUGUUUAUAUGUCUAACAGUUUCGUAGCAAUUUAAUGAAGUUACCCUUUUCCUUUUUGAUUCUGAUUUUUUUAAAUGUACCUUUUUAAUUCUGAAAUAAGCAAAUUGACCUUUUUAAAGCUGAAAGAAGCAAGGUGAAUUGUUAGUGUGGGACUCACGUGUUAGGUUUGCCUUGACAUGGCAGGCAAGCUUACACUCAAGUGGCCACCAGAGUGAUACUAAAAACCUCCAGUUAAUUGAAUGUGCUUAGGGAUUUGGGAUAGUGUGCAAGUAACUCUUUUCUUUGUUCAAUUUAAUGAUCUGUCUAGAAUCCCAAGCAGUGUUGCCGUUGGCUAGAUGGUAAUUUACCGAACACUAUAGAAGUUAGGAGGUAGAGAGCAAUGAGAAGCAAUCACUGAUAACAUUUGUAAUUUUAGAUAUUGUUAUGAUUAUAAACCUCACUAAAAAAAUUAUCAUCUCACACGCGUCUUCUUUCUCUUCAGAUAAAUGUACAGUCAGAGCCAGAGAUGAGUGGGAUAAUGGUGGAGAUGGGAGACAUGUGGCAGUGUGUUGAUCUCAUAAAGGAGAUGCUUACCCUAGAACCAGAGAAGAGAAUAACUCCCAUAAACCUUCUCAGCCAUCCUUUCAUCACCAUGGCUCAUCUCGAGCACUUCUCAAAGAGUCCAUAGUAAGUCAUUUUCUUCAUUGACUGGAAACGUUGCUUGGAAAUGGUAUGAAAGUUGGUAUCAAUGUGGGAGUAGGGUGAUUAAUUAUGUUCAUAAAUAGUAUAGAAUGCUUUUUUCUGCCUCUCAUGAGCUAUGAUACUUCAAAGGAGAGACAAACAAACCUGGAAUGGACCGGGAGUGGACUAGAGGUGGCCGAAUUUACUAUAGUUAAAAGACAUAGUAUCAAUGGUAGCAUUCUAUUAUUAAUAUUUUAUUUAUAUAGCACAAUCAGAUGCCGUAGCGCUGUACAAUGGGUGGACUAACAGACAUGUAAUUGUAACCAGACAACUGGACGUACAGGAACAGAGGGGUGGAGGGCCCUGCUCCAUGAGCUUACAUCCUGGAGAAAACAAGGGUUUGGCAGCACCCCAUUUAAGUAUGUUUAGGUGAGUGCAGCCAAACCCUUGUUUUCUCCUAUAUGUAUUUAUUUAGGAGUCUAGCCAGCUUCUUGGUUUUGCACCCCUCCCUGUUACAGGUGCCUCAUCUCAUGACCCUAUUUAAGCCUUGUACUGCAGAGAACUUGAGAUGGAAGGAUUUCCCCAAGUGAGUUGCUCAUUUAGCAGACAGAGUAGGACCUGCCAAAGAUGGGGUAAAUUGGCGCUGUGGCAGGCUUAUGCAAUGUAUGAUCAUAUACUGUAACUAAACCCCCGUUAUUUUUUGCCUAGAUUAGGUGUUUUUAAUAAAACUAACAACAUUAAAAUAACUGUUUAGUAGAUAAGUGAGUGCGCUGGAUUUUCAUUUUUACUGAGCUUACAUUCUAGAGGGAGUGGGUUAUAGUGACACAAAGGGUAAAAGUAGGGGUACGAAGUAGGUUGUUAGAAAAGUAUUAAUUGAGGGCUUAGUAGGUAAUUUGUGACCGUUGCAGGAGACAGUUUGACAGAGAGCUGUAGUGUAAGUAGGGAGAAGUGCUAAAGGGAACCCAGGUAAGAGGUCAAAUAAACUCUAAAACAGUUUUAUUUCUUUUUCUUGUAAUUUGUUCCCAUCCAACAACAACUUUCCACUUUUUCAUUUCAUUGAAUGUAUUUCGUUUCCUUUUUUCUACAUUACAUUUUUCCUUUCCAUAUAAUUACAUCUCACUGUCCUUCUCGAUUUUUUACAGUGUAGAAUCCUGCCUUCAGGACAUGGAGGUCUGCAAAUGUCAGGUGAGUGUAUAUUACAUUGUGAAUCAUAGUAAAAAACAAAAAAACACUUUUGUUAAAGGGAUCCUAUAGUGUCAUCAAAACAAACCCAUUUCCCUGGCACUAUAGGUUUAAAAGGUGCAUCACUUCCCCUUGCGUCCCCACUCCCCUUCAGCCACUUACCUUAAUCCAGCCCCAAUGUCCCUCAGAGCUGAAGUGGUCUGGGUGCCUAUAGUGUCCCUUUAAACAUUUGGCUCCAAAACAAUCUUUAAUUUUAGCAUGACCUUAACUCUUUGUGCCUAUCUGUGUAAGUACUAAGGUUUUUUAUUUUAAUAUGUUUAAUAAGUAGACUCUGGCCAAUUAUCCCCCCAUGCCCCUUAUCCACUAGCAGGUGAGAGCACAAAGGUCAGUAGCAAAGCCGUCACUCUUCGCUUUAUGAUCUUCAACAAGCCUGUAAAAACCAGGUAGGGGUGCCAAGCAGACAGCAAUGUACUUUAGCAGCUUCCCACAAUACUGUUAAAUUAAAAAGGAAAACAAAAGUGUUUGUUUUGAUGGGUCAAUAAAAGCCUUUGAGUGUAGGGGGAUUUCUUUAAUACAAUUAUCAUGGGUGGACAAAAAUGCAGAUCCCUCGGUACUAGAGACAUGUCAUUGGCGUGAAGAGUAUUCUGGCUAAGCAUUAUAUGUUCCCCUCCAGCAUAUAGGAUGGGGAUCACUAUUCAGAAUCAGAAUUAUAACAUGAACAUAGACAUAAAGCAGGAAAGGUAUAAUAUUCUAUUUUACUAAAUACAUUCUUAGCAGCUUUCUCUUUUAUAUUCCUCUGUAUAUAGAGAUAUCAUUAUAUAUACAAUGUUACACUAACACUAUUGUUUCCCUUUAAAUGAAUACAUUUUGACAUUUUUGUUUUUGUUUCACGGGUAGCCGGCUCAAGAUGAAACAAUCAAAGUUGAAGAAACCUGUGAGGAUAAUAUGGAGGAUGUAGAACCUGACACUCCAGCUCAGAGUGAGAAGGAAGCAUUCAAUGCGAACAUAGUAGAACACCUGAGUGACUCAAACAACAUCGACAAAGUUGAGAAUGAGGGAAACAAACAGAGACAGAGGGGAUCCCGUCUGAGACAGACGUUACGAGCUCUGCGCUGCCGCUUCUCCAACACUGACAGCAGCACAGAGAGAGAAGCAGCAGCUUCCAUCCACUCCUCGCGGCCAUCGGAGCACAGGGCAGGAUUGCUGCAGAGCUGUGUCAGCGGCCUGUCUAAAAUAAGAAGGAAGUGGAAACAAAGAACCGCAACUGUCCAUCCAUUACCAUAA